ACGUCCUGAACCUGGAUCACUAAUACAAUUUAAAAAUAUAAGCAAACAAAAUGAGAUUAUUAUGUUUCUUUUAAUAGGCAUUAUAGUAUUCAUUAAAGUUUGCUCUAAUAAAAAUAAAGAACAAGAAGAAUUUGUUGCAACCCACGACUGAAAAACUAUAAAAAAGGACAAAAAGUUCCUCAAGGUUUGUAUUACAGAAUAAAUCUGGAGAAAGGUUCCACAGAAGCUAAAUUAAUUGAUGAUAAGCCAGAUUUAAGUAAUAAUAGAAAGCUGCAUUCUAAAUCUGAAAAAAAUGUACACUCCUGAAGAAAUCAAAGAAACUCUCAAAAAUAUCAAAGAUGAAACUAAAUAUAAUGAGAAUACCAAAUCAAAAUUUCGUACUUAUGACCAACUAAAGUCGAUGCAGACAUUAUUAAAGAUCUUUUGAAGGAACAUAAAGAUGAAUUUGCAAAAGAUAGAGUCAACACAUAUAAUGUUCUUAAUAUUUUUGAGGAUUUUAGUUAUCUUUCACAUCAAUUUGAUAAUGGUUUGGAGUUUGUGAAUCAAAAUGGAUUUAGAUAAUGUUACUUACAUAAAAAUUUAAAUUUUUCUUUAGAUAAAAUUAAAGAAAGUAGUCUAAGGUUAUUUGGAUCCCUUGUACAAAAUAAAGCAAGAAUUUAAAUUCAUCCAUUAGAAACAGGUAGCAUCAAUGGUUUAUUAAGAAUUUUAAGUUCAGAUUCUUCCACAGAACUCCUUAAAAAUGCAAUAUUUGCUUUGGGAUCUCUACUUAGAAGAUUUCCUUGGUCCAACAGCAAUUUGUAGAGAAUGGAGGGAUAUUUGUAGUUUUACAGCUUUUUGAAAAAUUCUCAUUAAAAAUACAAGUUAAAUUAUUAACGCUCAUGAGGGAUUUGUCUCUAGAAAAGAAACAAGCUUACAAAAUGUCAAACCAAAUAGUUAUGAGCCAAUAUAAACUUGUAAAUUUAGAACAGCAGCUUAUAGAACAAAAUUGGUGUACACUUAUUAAUAAGGUAUUAACAGAUGUUGUGAACAAAACUCCAGAAAAUCUUGAUUCUAUUGAAAAAGUUUUGACUGCUCUUCAAACAAUCUCCAACAACUGCAAACUAUUUAAUGAACAGGUUUUGUUUAACCUUAAAAUUAAAUAUGAAAGUUUAACUAAACUAGAUUCUAAAACUGAUGACUUUUUUAUGGAUCUUUUUACUCUAUGUUGUGAUAUUUUAAAUGAUAAAACAGUAAAGACUGAAUUGUAAUGAAUAAAG